CCGACGCUCGGCUAGUUGCCUUUCGACGGCGUUCACACUCGGUUCGCUUUUUUCCACCGUCAACCGUUCGGUUACGGACUCUGUUCGGCUUGUCUGUUUUGUCUGCUGGCAGUGAAAAAUUCGCUAUAGGGCUCGAGGCGCCUCCGGUUCGACGUUCAUCUGUGCCAGCUUCCGUGUUCCGUUCCCGUCCACCCUCCUGUGCUUGUUCCCGGGUGUGUGUGUCCUUGUUGCGUUACUACCUGCCGGUUGCUUUGUUACCGUUCCCGUUGAAUGCCAAAGCGCCCGUCCGAAGGUACUUGUGUCCCGAAAGUGUCCCAUUGGCUGAGUGAGUGUUUCCGUGCGCUUCCGUGGUGUGCCCGCUGAUCUUCCCCUCGCAGCCCAAUCGUCCCGAACGGUCCCGCCACCAUGAGCAAGUUCGAAAUUUCCGACAACGCGGACGAGCUGAACCAGGAGAUCGAUGACACCAACUUCCCGUCCCGCUCGAACUCGAUCUGCUUCGGAGCGUCCAACGGGAAUGGUUCGACCGGGAGUCUCAACAACAGCUACGGCCCAUUCGCCAACCGACGCCGGUCGAGCAGUAUCCGCCGGACGGAGAGUGAAAUGACGGAGGAUGGGGAACCGUCCGGAACGGCCGGGGUCGUGCCCAUCGAGAACAGUUCCGCCACCGGCCCUGCGGCGACCGGGGGAGACUCGGGGGCCGCCAUCAACAAUAACUACACCAAUGGCCAUGGUGGCGAAAAUGGCGAAAAUGGCGCCGCCAACACCAGUGUUAGCUCGAACAGUGUCGUCUCGGCGAUCGUUGGCCUUAACCGGGCCCGUCCGACUCCGAUCCGUACGACCAGUCUGUCAGGACACGAGAAAUGUACCUUCCACCACGAUCUGGAACUCGACCACAAACCAUCGACCCGGGAGGAUCUGCUGCCACUGAUGUCCAAGUCCUAUCGGAUGCUGCUGUCGAGCCUGGGCGAAGAUCCGGAGCGUCAGGGACUGCUGAAGACUCCGGAGCGGGCCGCCAAGGCGAUGCUCUUCUUCACCAAGGGCUACGAUCAGAGCUUGGAAGAGGCCUUGAACGGUGCCGUAUUCGACGAGGACCACGACGAGAUGGUGGUGGUGAAGGACAUCGAAAUGUUCUCCAUGUGCGAGCAUCAUCUGGUGCCGUUCUACGGUAAAGUCUCGAUCGGUUACUUGCCAUGCAAGAAGAUUCUCGGCCUGAGUAAGCUGGCUAGAAUCGUGGAAAUUUUCUCCCGUCGUCUGCAAGUCCAGGAGCGUUUGACCAAGCAAAUCGCCGUCGCCGUCACUCAGGCCGUCCAACCGGCUGGCGUUGCCGUCAUCAUCGAAGGAGUGCACAUGUGCAUGGUGAUGCGGGGCGUGCAGAAGAUCAACAGCAAGACGGUCACCUCGACGAUGCUGGGCGUUUUCCGGGACGAUCCGAAGACACGCGAAGAGUUCCUGACACUGUGCAACAACAAGUGAGUCCGAAUCCUGCAUCUUUCUUCGCUCCGGGGUGCCGCGGCGAAUGAAACCGUGUCGCCGGCGUCUGGUUCUACGCCAUUGCCCCCGAUCCGGGAGGCGAGGAUUGAUGGGCCCGUAUAAGCCACGGGAGGAGUAUUAAAUAGCCGUCUUCAUGUAACUCGUUUAGGGAAUUUGUUUAGGGAAGUCGUUCAGACACACACACACAAACCGAUAUACUCGAUUUUAGCUGCCAGAUGAAAAGUUUUAGACUAUUUUUCGCAAAACAAAUAUUUCAGAGAGGAAAAAACUAAAAGGGUUUGGUCUCACAAAAAACAACUAUAUACGCAAAAUCUAAACUGUUAAACAUUACUGUUGUGAUCGUUCCGUAGUUCAUGUUGUAUCCAAUCUCUUACCCUACUACAGAGAGGAUCAGAUCAGAAAACAAUCAACCUAUGCUCACUCCCUCUCUUUGCGAGCAGAUCCACGACGUAAAACUAUGAUAAAUUUUAAUCACAUAUGAAUAAGGCAUACACUUGUUACAAACAAAACUGUAUGCGAGGUAGUGCAACAAUCGUUUUCUAUCUAUUUACUGUUUACUGUUUUAAAUGAUCAAAAAACAAAGGGGUUAUUGCCACGCGAAAGGGUCCAAAUCGUUGUUGCUAAGAAGGCAGACAGUGAAGUACACAGUUGCCAUCAUCUGUUUGAAAGUUUAUUAUAUACAAGACACAGGAAUGAGAAAUUCUACAAUAAAUUGUUGUUUGUUAAUGUCUA